AUGCAUAAGGUGAUCAAGGGUGAAAGGACAUCUCUCGAUUUUGCUUACGAAGAAUUGGAGGAGAAUCACUAUUCUCCAAAAGGAAGGAUGGAUCUGUCCGAGGGUCACGUCGUACCUCUUACAGAAGGCGACAAUGACAGGGGCAAGGUUCAACCUCGUAUUAUAUCGAACCAUGGUGCAGAAUUAGAUUGUCGAGCUCGUGACCCAGAGAUCGAUAAGGAUAGAGAUCGACCAAGAUCAAAGUCGAGCAAGAUAGAGAUCGAGCGAGAUCGAGGGAAGCUUACCGAUCCAAAUAACGGAAAGUCGAAAUAUCUGCAAUCGGGCGAGGAUCACGGCGAAAAUCCUGGUCAUACAGCUAGACAGUGCAAUAUCAAGACACAAGGUCCAGCAACCUCGUCAUCUAAGAACAAUGGCGAAAAGGAACAGAGUGGUCAGGAGCAAGAACAUCUCCCCAAAGAGAAGGAAGAAUGGAAGACAGUUACUUUCAACAAAAAAAGAAGACUUCUACUGCUACUAACAGAGGCACGGAAUCAACUAAGGUUGCAGCUUAUAAGUAUUAAUCCUCCAACAAACAAUGCCAAGGCUUCCUUUUCCCAGCAGAAGGCGCUAUCGCCUCAUCCAAAUCCUACGCCAACAAAGGCCUCUGAAUAUGAAAAAUAA